GCUAACGAGAUCUGGCUUCUCGAAGAAACGUGUAUGUUGAUUGUUUCGAUUCUUUUUCUUACCAAUUUGAAUCUGGGAUUUUGGUUUUGUUUCUGGGCUUUGUCUUGUUUUCUUUUCGAAUUCCAAUUUCCUCCUCAAUUUCGAAUAUCUCUUCUGCUUGAAGCUUUCUAUCGAGUCUAAUCUUCGUUUUUAGUGAUUACUUCGCUUUUCUGAUUGUUUUUUUUCUUAGUUAUUCCUAAAUAGAAGCAAUGGAUGAAACUUUCUUGUUGACUAGAUCCAAAAUGUAUGGACUUGGAUACAUAUGCAGUGAUCAUGCAAAAGAUAUUCAGAGUGCGAUAGAGAAGAUGGAACCUGAGCGUUUAAAAUUUGGAGGUCCAAGAGAGCUGUGUGGUGCUGCGGAUCUUAUAUCUCAAUUCAAACUAGUGCAACACCAUGAAUUCUUUUGCAAGAAAUCCCUUCCCGUCUCUCUAUCAGAUUCCCAUUAUCUUCAUAAUGUGGUUGGGGACACAGAGAUCAGAAAAGGAGAAGGAAUGCAAUUAGAUCAGCUUAUUGAGAGCAUAUCACAGAGCCGGGAGACUAAUGUUCGCAUCCAACCCUUUGAUAUAGAUGAGCUUAAGGAGUCUUUCCAACUAAAUGAUAUGACUCCUGUUGAACUACCUCCAGCAGAGAAGGGAGCUCCUACAAUUCCGUCUAAGUCAAAAAGUGAGUCGAAGGAUAAGGACAGGAAGCAUAAGAAACACAGGGACAGGGAUAAGGACAAAGAUAGAGAGCAUAAGAAGCAUAAACACAAGCAUAAAGAUAGAAGCAAAGAUAAAGAUAAAGACAAGGACCGAGACAGAAAGAAGGACAAAAAUGGCCACCAUGAUUCGGGUGAUCAUUCUAAGAAACAUCAUGAUAAGAAAAGGAAACACGAUGGAGAUGAAGAUCUUAAUGACGUUCAUAGGCACAAAAAAAACAAGCAUAAAAGCUCAAAGCUUGAUGAGAUGGGUGCAAUAAGGGUUGCUGGCUAAAAAAGUUGUAGACAUUCCAGUUUUGUAUUCUGCACUCGAGUAGGUGUCAUGGAGAGGUUUAGAAGCACUUUUCAACUCACUGUAGACAGCUUAUUAGGUUAAAAGCCCAAAAUGGUGAAUUCAUUCCUUGAAGAAGAAAGGGGAAAUUUGUGAUAAUGAAGAAGAAGAAUUAGUAUCAUAAUUGAUUUGGUAUCAGAUUUGUAACAUUUUGGUCUUGGGGUGUUUUCUUCCAUCUCUUCUCUGUCUAUAAAAUCAAUACUACUCACAAUGUUACUGAUCAUGUAUAAUAAUUUAUUCUUCCAAUU